AAAUUCGAAAGGAAAAAGCAAUUUCUCAUUCAAAUAUAGAACUCGGAUGAAAAAUGAAAAGAAAAAUAGCUUCGCAAAGCCGUUGAGAAAUUUCCACAUUCGAGAUAGAAAAUGAUUGUUUGUAGCCUCCGUUCCCGCCUUCUUCCUCUUCUUCACUCUGUUCUACACUCAUCUUCUUCAAGAUUGCUAAACGUUUCGGAAGAUGCUGCAAGAAGUUUAAGAACGUGGGUUAAUUGUGGGUUUCGUCCAAAUUUCCAAGUCAAGUGUUUUGCAUCAAGAUCAUAUUCCCGUGGGGAGUGCAAACAUUAUGACCUCUUUGGAACUGUACGGCCUGGUGAUAAGGAAUUUAGGAAAGCCUGGGAAAAGCAGAUGAAUGAAGAAGAAUCUACUUUAUGGACAGAAAGCGAUGAUGAGGCAGACGAUAAGGAGCAGAAAAAAAAUCGUCUCGAAGAUGAGAUAAGAAAGACGAGGCAGCAGGCAAAAGAACACUCUGACUUGAUUGAUGCUGAUGACAGUGAUGAAUUAUGGAGCGUUUGGUCUGAGAGCGAUGAAGACAAGACCUUGUGGACUGGUAGUGAAGGUGACGAUGACGAUGAUAUUCCUACAGAAGCCUACCCCAAUGAACGUAGUGACAAAUACAUAGAUAAACUAUUCGAAUUUGAGGAAACAUCUAAAUACCGAACAAUUUCAGAACUCUUAAAAUCCGAACAGGAACCAGAAGAGUUGUCCCCUGGAAAACAAGCCAGGAAACUUGCUGUCGAGAAUGCAUUGAAGAAGUUAAAGAAAGGGCCGGAUGGUCGUUAUACCAAUGUGUGGGAGGUUAUGAGUGAUGUAGAUAUAUUAAUAGGAGCUUUCGAAAACGUAGUCUCGGGACCUGAAUAUGCAGAGCUCAGACAGGGAGGGCAGAAGAAAUUGAAUAUGCAGUUUUUCAAGGAUAUACAAGCACGUAUGAGAGAUCCAAAUUUUAAGUUCUCGCCUGAACUGAAGUUGAAACCAAAAAGCAAACUGGUUCCCCAAAAGAGGUGGCAGAAAGCACAAUCUAGACGAAGGAAAGCACAGAAACGAUAAUCAAGCAUAAGGGAAAUCUGGAAAGAUGCCAAAUCGAUAGUCUCGAACACAUGUAUUAUCUGGAACCCCGUCAAACUGAAAAUCUUGAAUGCCUACAUUAUGAGCCAUGGAUAUCAUCUGGUUUCCCAGCUUUUCAUUAUCAUAGACAGCUCUUGCCUUCUGUGCUGCAGUUGUAGUGACUGGAUGAUACCGGAAACUGUUGGACAUGCCACUUUCUUGAUCGAGGUAACGUUCAAAUAGCGACCGAUUGUUGAAUUCUCUAUUAAGUAUAGGAAGCAUGUGCUGAUUUUGGAAGGUAUAGUAUGGGUCUGUUGCAUCUUUCAUCUGGUUGUCUAUGUAUUUUCUUAGGUUUGAUUCUUCACCUUCACCAUGUUUGGAAGUUGAAGGCCAAAGUUCAGCAUGCUUACCUAAUUUUUUAAGCUUCUUUAUCAAAAUGGUUGAAUCCACAUUGCCCGUCACUGUGACCUUUUGUUGUUCACAAUUUAUGUCUAUCUUAUAAACUCCUAAAUUCCAUAAGAUCAAAUGAGAAUAAGGCUGUAUAUUUGAAUUCCAAUAAUAAAAGUUAGCCAAUGGAA